AUGACCUCCCCGGUCAUCGUUGUGUCGAUACAAGGAACCAGCUCCCGAGAGAGUGGAGAGGGGGAGGGAGGUGAACAGAAGCAGUACGCCGGGCUGAGCACCGGCAGCGACGGGGUUACUCGGCCCGGUGCAACUGCGGGCUCAGCCUGGGCCCCGAGAGAGAGCCAGACCUCAAAGCCGGAGCUGCCGCGCCCCAGCACCCCUCAUCCUCCCUGCCUGCUCCAGGCGCAACGCCCCGCGCCCCGCCCACCCCACCCCACUAAGGGCGCGCCUGGGCAAGGCGGAGCCGUCAGGAAAAGCCUCUGGAGCUGGGAGUCCGCAGCCGGGAGUCCGCUGCCGGAUCCCUGGAGAAAGAAAAGAAGGUUCUCGGACGCCUGGGUCCCUAGCCCAAGCCGUAGCAUCAGUGAUCAGCCUCCACCUAGAGAAGCUACUUCCUGGGACCACCCUCACUUUGGUCUCACCCUCCGGCUCGGCCAAUCUCGCCCCCCCUCCACUCCAAGCCAAACGUCGUCCCCCCCACCCCGAAAUGGGCAGAAGCUUGGAUGGCGAGGGCGCCGACAGCUCUGGUCAGAGCUACUGCCCCGCCCCUUAGCUCAGCGCGGCGCAGGACGCCCCGUCGGAUUCCCCCUCCCGCCCCAGUUCGGCCCCCUCAACGCUGCACCCAGACGCCACCUCCCGGAAUCCCGCUCGCAGUCCGCGCCAGGGACCCAGGGACCCGAGCCUCCCCCGGUCCUACCCGCACCGGCUUGUUUUCCUUCUGCAGGCGCAGCCACCUCGCCCAGCGCGGCCCCUCCCCCCGCCCCUCCCCCCUCUCUGCGCUGGAUUUAUGAAUGGGGGGAAGAGGCCACAUGCCGCCACCGCCGGGGCUGCUGCUGCUGCUGCCGCUGCUGCUGCUCCCUCGUGUUGACCAAGAACAGCUUGGGCAGGCGGAGCUGCUGCCUUGAGAGCAUCGACCCGGCCCCGGCAGCCUCUGCUGUGAGGACUUGUUGCUGCUGCGCUACCGCUGCCCCUGCUGCCCCUGUCGCCACCGCGGCCACCUGCGUUACUGCUCCUAGCUUGGAAGGAGGCGCUCCCGGGGCUGGGUCCGGGGCUGGCUGCGAGAGUGCGGCUCCGGCUCCGCGGAGCUGCGGGCGUGAGGUCUGA